GAUCACUAAUCCUCUUCCUCUCUGCUUCCAGCCUGUGUGGCACCGUUCCGGGCCUCAGCAGCGUCCUCCUUCCUCGGAUGAACCCGUUUGUGCUUAUUAACCUGGCCGGAGCGCUCUCCCUCUGCGUCACCUACAUGCUCAUAGAAAUCAAUAACUACAACGCUGUGGACACGGCGUCGGCCGUCGCCAUCGCCCUCAUGACCUUCGGCACCAUGUACCCGAUGAGCGUGUACAGCGGCAAAGUGCUGCUGCAGACCACGCCGUCCCACGUCAUCGGACAGCUGGACAAGAUCCUCAGAGAGGUUUCCACUCUGGACGGGGUUCUGGAGGUCCGAAACGAGCACUUCUGGACCCUCGGUUUUGGAUCUUUGGCUGGCUCCGCCCACGUCCGCAUCCGCAGAGACGCCAACGAGCAGCUGGUUCUGGCCCACGUCACUAACCGGCUCCUGCCGCUCGUCUCCACGCUGACCGUUCAGAUCUUUAAGGACGACUGGACCCGGCCGCUGCUGAGCGGCGUGCUCUCCUCGCCGGCCGUCACGCCUCCCACCGAGGCCUACGCCUCCUCUUUCCCCUCUGCUCCAGGAGGAGGAGACUUCGACCCGCUGACCUCCACGCCCUCCAAACCCAGCAGCCCGCCUCCAGAGUUCUCCUUCGACACGCCGGGCCGGAACGUGCAGGCGCUGGUCCUCCCGGCGCCGGGGCCGUACGGAGGGAUGGGGCUCGCCUACAGGGCGCCGCCGUACGCGGGCCUCCUCGGCCAGGACCUGACACGGCCCCGGGAGGGGCAGGGUCUGGGGCCCAGAUUUGGACUCCCCUCAUCUCAGAGCUACAGGACUGCCUUUUUAGGCUCAACAGCGCCGCUCCGGUUUGGAACCAGCAACCCCGUCCACCCUCAGUCCCAGUACAGACAUUACCACCCCUGAGUGAGAACAAACGGCUGAAUCUUUACGGUAGACGGGCGGUGACCAUAAAAACCAGCCCAUAUUUAUUCAGAGGAAACGGGGCCAAGAACAUUUAGUUUGAUAUUAGCUUUAUUUGGGAACAUGCUAACGGGAAGGACUGGGAGCUCUGGUUGUACGACAGAGAAACCAAACAGGGUUUGACUGUAACGUUGGAAACAUUGAUGAAAAACGCUGCAAUGAAAAUAAAACCUUUUUUUUUUAAUGAA